ACUAUUGGCCGGAGAAGAGGCCGAUUUAGGCCGCCAUACGUAAUAUAAAGACCACCGCGCCUUUCGCUUUCCCCCAAUUACUGUUGAUUCAUCAUACGUGUCUUCCUCUUCACCUGCCCCUCCUUCUUCUUCUUCUUGGAGAUUCUUCGAGCUUGGAGUGGAAGAAGGAUGGGGGAACCAGAGCCCAACUUGGAAGAGUUUUUCGAAGACAAGAGACCGCCUCGCAACCCCCUUGUCCCUGUCGGUGCCCUGAUGACUGCGGGAGUGCUAACUGCGGGUUUGAUCAGCUUUAGACAGGGCAACUCUCAGUUGGGACAGAAGCUGAUGAGAGCUCGUGUCGUGGUUCAAGGUGCCACCGUGGCACUUAUGGUUGGGACCGCUUACUAUUAUGGAGGCAAUCCCUGGAAGAAAUCUAUCUAGACCUGCCUGGAGAGAGACUUAGCUUGGAUCUUCUUUCCUCAUUGAGUUCUUAGACUGCUCUCAUUCGGGCAAGCAACAAUUCACAGUUAUGUUGAUUUGAUUUUCAUAACUUUGGCUUAAGCGACUCCAGCAGUUCCCACACAAUUUGUAGGAUUCUGGAGAUGGAAAUGAAAUAAACCCGUGAUGGAGAAUACCUCUCUUACAAGUUCUGGCAGGUAACUGAGAUUUCCUGGCGGAGGACCUCGAAGUUUUAGGAAAUGCCACCCUUUGAUUAUGUAAUGCCUGGGCAAGUGUUUGGGACAAAUCAGUUUCGUUGGAAUUUAACUUAAGGUAUAUGAUGCUUGUAUAAUCUAGUUGUUCCUCAGGAAGGACAAUCCUCGGGUUAGUAGUUCGCGUAAUUCUUUACAUGAAAUUUGUGUCUUGAAAUUCCAUUCA